GCCAGCUUUCGCCCGAGCCAGCUCGGGCUCGAGCCAGUUUUUGCUCGAGCCAGCCUCAUCUCCGACGAAACGUUCAAGCUCCGACGCGGGCGAGAACGUCUCCAAGAGGUCGCGCGCAUUGGCUCCGCUGAUUGCCUCGUUUAAAGCGUCGAACGCGGCAGCGAUCGGCAUUGCACGCUGCUUGAAGGAGCAGCCAGAGAUCAUCGACGACAUGGCGAAGUGGAGGAUCAGAAAGGCCAACGAUGAAUUCGCAUCAGCAUUUCUGGAUGCACCAAUACAGCUGAACUUGGCAAGCGGCGCGGCCUUCGACAUGCCCGCCGUCAAUUUCGCCAGCCUCCUUCAACGCUGCGCUUCCGAAUCUGCGAGCUUCAGAAAUUUGCCGCCCACAACUUUAAGGAAAUUCCCGUGCUCCCCAGCGGCGCCGCGGGACUUCAUCUUGCACAUCGAUGAGUUCGUGCCAGGCAAUGUCUUGCGGCAAGAUGACAAACGCAAGACGCUCUCGUUUUACGGGAGCUUCCGCUCUGUCGGCCCUGACGCGGCGUCGUGCGAGGGCGCUCGGUUGCCGGCAAGAUGUCUGGAGUCGUUCGCCAACUGUUGCGACGACUAUUUUUUGGGCCCAGACAGCGCGUCGCAGAGGGGCAUCCUCAUUGAUGGCAUUGGGCCUGGCGGCGCCCCUGCGCUCAUCUUCUUUAAGUUGUCGAACCUGCUUUACGACGAAGAUGGCGCUAAAAAUGCCUUGCGCUUGAAGGGCGCCGCCGGCGUAAUUCCUUGCGCUCUGCGCAAGAAUGUGCGCGGCAUAUACGACCACUCGGAGCCCCUGCUGUCAGCGCAUGACAGGGCGAGCACGCUGGUGCCCAUUUCGUGCUCUGAUCCCAACCUGUUCGACGCGCGCACCGCGGAUGACCUGUUCUUCCCCGCGGACCUGCUCCAGCGUCUGCAAGCCGCGCUGCCCAAGGGCGCGUUCGAGGAGCAAUGCAAGAUGCACGGCGUUAAUCACGCGCCAGAUGGUUUGCUAUUGGACGCUGAGCGUCGCCAGCACGCGUCGCUGGACAUGCACGCGUACGACCCAGCACACUGCAUGAUCAUAAAUGGGAUCGCUCAGAUUGAACUGAGUGAGUUUCUGUGCCGCCUCGCUGCCGUCGGCCUGACGUUGGAGCGCUUCAGGGACAUCGCCAGCGCGCAGUGGCAGACUUGCAGCUCUUCAGCGACCAGCGGCAUGCUGGAGGCCAGCGGGCUUCUCAGCGACCAGCGGCAAAAGCACUUGCAGACCAGCAAGAAAUACAGCGCCAAGGAGCUGGCUUCCUUUGCCGCGCUGGCCAAAUCAAUUUCUCUGUAUUUGCUGGCCAAGAGGGGCGCGGCUGUGGCAGAUGCUUGGGCCGUGGCGCUCCGCGACCACGCCGUGGCAUUCGAGUCUGCGCACGGUGAUUGCGGCAUGCGCAUCCCGAAUUUUCAUUUCGGCAGGCACCUGCCGCGACAGGCGCUCAGGGAUGGGUUCGCACUUGACACGCUUGUGACGGAGAGGUACCAUGCACAAGCACUGCGGGUCGCUGAAUUCAUCGGCAACACGCGGUGCUUCGAGAAAUCAUUACUGACACGAGCUAUUGCCCUUCAGCGCCACGAUGCGCAACAUAAUGUUUCAUUUGGGAGUGCCUCGGCGUGCGGCAUCACAUACAACGGCGUCAUGAACGUUUCGAGGGUCGUUCUUGCGGGUGGCUCUCGCAUAUCAGCUGGAGAUAUUCUGCGUAUUGGUGAGAAGCGCUAUUUUAUCCUCGGCGGUGCCGAGGAAGGCGGCAACGUGGCGUCGAUUGUUCAGGAGUUGCAUUCUAUUUUGCCAGGCGUUGCCCAGCGCCUCACGGCGGCGAAAG